AUGGAUACCAAGGAUAUUUCCUUCGUAAGCUUUGGCUUGGUGGUGCUUGACGAAAUUCGCUUCGCCAACCGGAAACCUUUAAUCAAUGUGCUGGGUGGGUCAGGAGCUUACGCGACUCUAGGUGCUCGGUUGUUCCUGCCUUCUCCAUUGAGCCGCUCCUUGGCUUGGCCGAUCCAUAUUGGAAAUGACUUUCCGGACCCUAUUGCAGAACUCUUGCAUAGCUGGGAUACAAUUUUGGUGAUAACAAAAGAAUCAGACCAGCCCUCGACUCGAGGCUUACUGGAGUAUCAAGAUACCACAUUCGGACCGAAGAAUUUCAAGUACACCACCCCGGUUCUUACAAUUCAAGAAAGCAAGUUGCCGGGCACAGCCUUGCUAACUUCGAAAAUCUAUCACUAUCUUGCUACUCCCCAAGAUAUGAGAACGCGCAUUCUAAACAUACUCGCUCUUCGAAAGCAGGCGGGUAUACAACAUCGUCCUCUGAUUAUCUGGGAACCGGCUCCCCUUUCAUGCAAGCCGGAGAACCUUCAAGACUGUCUAGCGGUUGUAGCCCUAGUCGACGUGUUUAGUCCAAACCACUUAGAGCUAGCUGCAUUGUUUGUGGAUACCCCGGCUACUCCUGAUAGAACUGAGAUUGAAACGCUGGCUUUGAAAUUCCUAGCCAGUGGUGUCGGCCCGGAAGGAAAGGGUACUGUGAUUAUCCGAGCUGGUGAAAAUGGCUGCUUUGUUCGAUCGGGUAACCUAUCCAAAUGGCUACCUUCAUUUCACAUAGCAGGGACUGGAGAAGAGCAGGCUGCUAAAGUGGUUGAUCCGACUGGAGCUGGAAACGCGUUUCUAGGAGGCUAUUCUAUUGGGUACCUCCAAACGGGAGGUGAUAUAGAACAGGCGGCUUGUUAUGGGUCUGUUGCAGCUUCAUUUGCAUUAGAGCAAGUAGGAAUGCCAAAGAGGAUUGAUGGAGAUGAAGAAUUAUGGAAUGGGGCCAGUGUUCUUGACAGGUUGAAUGAAUACAGGGCUAGGCAAGAAUCCGUCGGCACUCAAGGAAGCAGCUCAUAA